AUGACCAUCUUGGUUCAGGGAAGUUUCUUGCAAGUUUGCAUUAUGUUGGCUUUGUACAUGAAAAUCUCACAUUCAGUUUGUCUCUUCCAAGGAAUCAAUGUGAACUACCACAACAUGAACCUGAUGAGGACAACAGGUGGCUAUUUUCCUCAGCAAUGUCUCAGCAAAACAACUGAUUUCAGAUUCCCCAUGGAGAUUACCAAGGUCACACAGAAGAACAUGACAAUGAUCAUCUAUGAGUUCCUCCAACAGAUCUUCCAACUAUUCAGCAAAAAUUUUCCGGCUGAUGCUUACAAUACAAGCAAGAUGGAGACAUUUCAAAAUGGAAUUAAUUAUCAAAUAGAAGAAUUGGAGACAUGUUUGUUAGAAGAACAAUCAAAAGCAAGGAAUAGCUUUGAAACAUGGAUCCUACAAAGUGCUACAUACAGCAUAAAAAAGUACUUUCAAAGAAUCAACAAAUUUCUAAAAGAUAAGCAAUACAGCCACUGUUCCUGGGAAGUAGUUCAAAUGGAAUUGAGAACAUGUCAUAUAAUUUUUGACAGUCUCAUAAAUAAAAAAAGCGCAUGA